UCCGUGAAACCGCAUUAAAAAUGGGAAAUUCUUGCGUUUUUGGGACAAUUUGAUCACGAUAAAGGUGAUAAGAGUGAGUUAAAGUCGUUUCCGCAACUCCUGUCGUCGUUCGCUUUGGCAAAGAGGAUCGGAACGGUGUAAGAAACCGCAGCUCAACUGCAGAAAAUACAGAAAUCUGUGGGCGAGAUCCGGGAAACAGCACCGGCAAGUAGAAAGAACAGCGAGAACGAACAGAUUGAACCUCAUCGGAACAGCUUAAAUCCGAAACAUCCGCGUCCGUGCAGUAACUAUCUUCCUUGUACUCGGCAAGAGAAUUAUUUUUUUUCCUUAUUUUAGAUAAAACAAGUGACCAGAUAUCGGGAGAUCGAACUCCCCCAGCGACAGGUAGCGUUUCAGAAAAAUUAUCUGUGGAACAAAUUAACAAAGACAACAGCACCAGAAAAGUACUCAACAAAAUUAUAGAAAGGCACACAAAUUGCAACAUUUGGCAAUACUAACCGAACAAAAUCUCAAGAUUGGCAUAUAGCAAAGGGCUUUAUCCGCCGGGUACCUUGCGAAGGUCCAGGAAGCCGGAUUCAAGAGCCGGACUGGGUGAAAUGUUUGAGAGAAACGCAAGAACAUGAACGGAGAAACAGAACUGGAACAUUUAAAAAGCCAGCUUUCGGUAGCUAGAAAUGAAAUUAAAAAUCUCAGGCAACAAAUUAAAAAUUUGCAACACACAUUUUCGAAAGAGCAUCAAUACGCGUUAAAGUUAUUAAAUGAGUUUUCUUGUAAAGACUCGGAGCGAACCGCGGAGAUCGAUAAGAAGUACCUUGCCGAUACCGAAAACGCUACUGCUGGCGAUGAUGAUGUCCACUUUAAACCGAUAGGAGUCAUAAGAACAGUUUUUAGUGAAAAACGUGCCGUACCCCGGCAAGCGAUUCUAGCAUCUACCGUUGUGAGCCGUAUCGAACUAUCGCCCGUGAUCUUUAACAACCCUGAGCACUCGUUGGAGGGUUUGGAAAACUUUUCGCACUUUUGGAUCAUUUAUUACUUUCAUCGGCACCCCAAUCAUACGAAAGCUAAAGUAGCCCCACCAAGACUCGGUGGCCAACGAGUUGGCGUAUUCAGUACAAGAUCCCCUCACCGCCCUUGCCCGAUUGGUUUAUCGCUGGUACAACUGGAUAGAAUCGAAGAUUCGAAGGUGUAUUUUUAUGGAACAGACAUGGUGAAUGGAACUCCCGUUUUGGACAUUAAACCAUAUAUACCGCAGUACGAUAUUCCGGUCAAGCAGGUGGAAAUAGAGUUUAAUAAUUCUAGAGAGGCCCCAGACGGCGAGGAGACCAGCGUGUUGACUAGUGUUCCGUCUACUUCAAAAUUGGGCCCACUGGCCAAUGUAUCUAUCCCAAGCUGGGUGUUGCAAACUGCUAAUCUAAACGUUGAAUUCUGCCCACUUGCAGCAACACAAAUGCAAGAGCUUGGAAUUACACAGGCUUCUAUUGUUGAUGUUCUUAAAGGAGAUCCGCGGUCCGUUUAUCUGCGUACAAAGUACGGAUCGCAAGCAUACUCGUUUGGUCUGGGGGAUCUUACGGUUACAUGCAGGUUUGAUGAUAAAAAAGCAACUGUGACGGUGCUGCAAAUACGUAACGAUAUUGAGUCAGAAACGGAUCCCUCGUAGCUGUAACGGUACAUUCUGCCUUAAAGAAAAUAUACGGAAAUCGAUAUGGAUCCCUCCAUUUAAAAGAUUCUAUAACGCAAUCAUCUAAUUAAACCAAAAACCAUCAAAUCUGUACAGGUCCUUCAAU